AUUAAAGAAAUCCUGUCUUUUUCCCCAAUUCCUCACAACGCAAACCCUAACAACGUUUUGCUGAAGGCUUUAAGUAUGCACCAAACGAGUCCUUCUCGGGAGCCACAGAAAACUUUCCUCCCGUUCGGAAACCCCUUCCGCACGAUACUCCUCAAGGGCUCCCUUUCCUCCAAGCACCUCGAUCUACUCAACACUUUCGAGGACACACUAACCACCAAACUCAGAGCACUCAAGCCUGCAAAACCAGAACAAGUCCUCUGCCUCUCGUGGAUGAAAAACGCCACACGCUCGCUUUGCGAAACCCACGCGGACAUUAAAAUCCUCAUCACCGCCCUCGAGCUACCCGUCCAAAACUGGGACGAGAAAUGGAUCGACAUCUACUUGAUCAACAGCACGAAGCUUCUAGACACAUGCCUCGCCUUCACAUCCGAGAUCUCCCGACUUAGGCGUGCCCACCUCUACCUCACUUGCGCCGUGCACGAUUUGAAAAUUUCUUCUCCGAAAAAGUUAAUCGAGGCACGUUCGUUUCUUGACGAAUGGAGUCAAUGUAUUCGAGCCAAAAACCCGAGGCUUGACGGGUGCUUCUCGAUUAUGGAAGGUCUUGCCAAAACACUCGAUGACGUCCCGAAAAUAAAAAAUUCCUCGAAAGGGAAAAUCUUGAUGCGGGCCAUGUUUGGUGUGAAGGUGCUGACUCUCUUCGUGUGCGGCACGUUUUUUGCGGCAUUCACGGGCUCUGGGAAGAAGCUGAUUGAUCUGCGGGUGCCAGAGAGUUGCUCGUGGGCAGAGGCUUUUGCUGAUCUGCAGAAUUUUGUUAAUGCAGAAAUUAGGAAGGAGUAUUCGAGGGGAGUGUUCACGGUUUUAAGAGAAGUGGAGGAGGUGUACUCGUUGAUAAAUACAUUGUUGUACCCUAUUGUGAAAGAUGGCGUUGGGAAAACUGUCGAGGCUGAAAUGGUGUUGACAAAGAUCGUGUUGGAUUUGCAGGAGUUGGAUGAGAAGUUGUAUUCGGGGCUUAAUGAGAAGUUGUAUUCGGGGCUUAACGAGCUUGCGAAGGAGGUAGAUGGUUUUUUCAAGGUUAUUCUGAGUGGGCGAGAUGCUUUGCUUUGCAAUCUUCGGUUUGUUGGGGAAGUAUCGGUUGAGGUGGCGAGUAUGGGUGAUGUGCGGGGCCAGGCCGUGAGGUGA